AUGAAUCAUACCGCUUGUUGGAAAAAUCGAGACACGAUUCAAAAUAUGGUAGAAGUUGGUGUUGAGGCUAGCGUUUGCGUGCUUGGUCUUGGUUCCAGGGCGGACGCGCAAUCACCCCACGGACUAAGGUUUUGGAGCAGGGGGUUUAAUUGA